AUGUCCGCCGACCUCGAGGACCUAUCUGGGAAUACCCUCAAAGCUGCAGAAUGCGACGAACCCGCUGCCCCGGGCUGCUCUCCGGUUCAUAUCUCCUCAAAAAACACGCUUCGAACCUCACCACUAUCCCGCGAAAUCCUACUCCCCACCGAGAUCAUUACCCAGAUCCUUACCUACAUUCCCCGCAGGCCAGCCAGCCAGUCGACUUUCCACGCCCUCUGCCUUGUCUCCCGCGCCUGGUACACAGCUGCCAUCGGCCCUCUUUAUAUACGCCCCUAUAUAACGCCGAACAACUUCUCCCAAUUCGUCAGCACCGUGUGCCCCUCGAAGAACGCACACAUCCUACCCUCUCCCCUCUCGGUUUUAGUCAGGAGUCUGGAUAUGGGGGAGCUAGUACACAACUCCAGCAAGAGUCUCACUGCCAGGCUGCUGGGAAGACUGAAGGGGAAUCUCGAGCAAUUCGUCGCUCCGCAGGCUUCCUUUGCUAUCAACAGUUUUGCGGCGCUGAGUAAAUGUACAAGUCUUACACACCUCGAUCUUUCCCUCCUUUCGGCAUCAAUAAGCAACAAGAUGCUCUUUCAAUCUCUCGCCCACCUCACCCACCUUGAAACCCUCCUCUUCCCGCGAUCCUCAGCCCUCGACCAGAACAUCGACACCCUUCCGUAUACCUGGCCGCCCAAACUCCGUGCGCUCCAUCUCGCCGGCGGCAUAAGCGACGACUUCCUCCUCACACACAUGUCUACGCUGCCUCUUACGCUCCAAAAAAUCAGCAUCCAGCACUGUUCCUCCGUGCACCCCCACGCCAUCACCCACGUCCUCGAAACCCUCGGCCCUCAACUAACCCACCUCACGAUCCGGCACCCUAUGAGACACCUCUUCCCCAGCUCCCUCGAUACUCUGCUCACCUUUUGCCCGUCUCUCCUGGCCCUCCGCAUCUCAGCAGACUUUAUCUCCCCGGCCCUCUUUACCCCCGCCGCUAUCCCGCCGAACCAUUCCCUCCGUAUCCUGGAUCUAGAAUGCUCAACCGACCCGACUGCAGACGUCGACAUCCAAGCCGACAGCGUGUACGAGGCUGCCGAGAGCGGGCUCCUGCCCGACCUGCGACGCGUGUGCGUUAGCGCGCGGCUGGCGUGGGGCGCGAGCGAGAAGACGCGGAGAGAUGCCGCGGAUCUGUUGGAGGUUAUGGAAGAAGGGGAGAGCGAGAGACCGCUGGGCAUUGCGCCCGAGGUGCUGUAUUGGAUGUCGGAUACGAUUUGA